UAAACAAAAAUGCUGAUCAAUUUACCAACCUUUUGGCUAAACGAACUAUUGGCCAAAUUCGGUUAUUGUCUCUUUCGUUAUUUUUAUUGGUUGAUUUAACUAUUGUUCUUGAUGACGAAGUCCAACAAAUUCAUAAAAUCAUACCCCAAAUUGAUUCUGAUCUUAUUCCACAAAUACAUAAAACCCUUACUAAUGUGGUGAAUCAUACAAAAGAUGAAGAGAUUUUUCAAUCAAUUCGUGAAAUAACUGAAUCUCAAAAAACAAAUACAUUAAAGCUCUUUACCUCAAUGCGAAAUCCAAAAGGAAAACACGUUAAUCAAGUUAUUUCACCCUAUUUGCAAAAACAAGCGCUCGACUUUAUUACAGAUCCUCAAAAAGGUCAAGUUAAAAAACUAAAAGUCAAGAAUGCUGAAUUAGAGUCGUCAAAUAAGAAGCUAUUAAAAAAUAAUCAAAAUCUAAUAAGUAAAGCUCAGUCUUUAGUUUGA